AUGGACAGUAUGGAGCCCAGAGGGAAGCCACGGGGCCUGGUUUCUUCUCAAGACCCGGAGCAGGACUGGCACCAGUGGAUUUUUGUCAACCGCAGCCUGGCGCUGGGGAAGAUUCGCUGCUUUGGCUUUGACAUGGACUACACUCUGGCUGCCUACAAGUCCCCGGCCUAUGAGGCACUGGCCUUCGAGCUGCUGCUGGAGCGCCUGGUGUGCAUCGGGUACCCGCACGAGAUCCUGCGCUACACCUACGACCCUGCCUUCCCCACUAGGGGGCUGGUGUUUGAUGCGCUCUAUGGGAACCUGCUGAAGGUGGACGCCCAUGGGAACGUGCUGCUGGGCACACACGGCUUCACCUUCCUCUCAGACCACCCCCUCCCCAGGGCGGAGAUCUGGAGUUUCUACCCCAGCAAGUUCAUUCAGAGGGACAAUCUGCAGCGGUUCCACAUCCUCAACACACUCUUCAACCUGCCUGAAACCUACCUCUAUGCCUGCCUGGUGGACUUCUUCUCCGGCUGCUCCCGUUAUACCAACUGUGACACCGGCUAUCAGCAUGGGAACCUCUUCAUGUCCUUCCGAAGCCUCUUCCAGGAUGUGACUGAAGCCAUGGAUAACGUCCACCAUUCGGGCUGUCUCAAGGAGAAGACCCUGGAGGACUUGGAGAAGUACGUGGAGAAGGACGCGCGAAUCCCCAUCCUGCUGGGCAAGAUGAAGGAGGUUGGGAAAGUGUUUCUGGCCACCAACAGCAGCUACAACUACACCGACGCCAUCAUGACCUACCUGUUUGGCGUUGGUGAGGCCGAGGCCUCAGCCAGGCCCUGGAGGUCCUACUUCGACCUGAUUGUGGUGGACACGCACAAGCCCCGCUUCUUUGCGGAGGGAACCGUGCUGAGACAGGUCAACACGGUAAUGGCAGGGGCUGAGGACUCGGGCAAGCUCCGCGUGGGCACCUACACGGGGCCGCACCAGCACUGUGCUGUCUACUCUGGAGGCUCGUCGGAUGUGGUGUGCCAGCUGCUCGGGGUGCGGGGGAAGGACAUCCUGUACAUCGGGGACCACGUCUUUGGGGACAUCCUCAAGUCCAAGAAGCAACAGGGCUGGCGGACUUGCCUGGUGGUUCCUGAGCUGUCCUGGGAGCUGGACAUCUGGGCCCGAGAGAAGGAGCGGAUGGCGGAGCUGAAAAGGCUGGACAUGCACCUGGCCGAGUUAUACCAGCACAUGGAUGGGAGCAGUUGUGGGCUGCAAGUCAUCAACUCCACCAAGAGGGAGAUUCAGAUGCCCCAUGAGUUAGUUGUGGAGCAAGAACGGACCAGUCUGGAUUCUGCCUUCUGCCUCCUCUCCUGCAGCCAGAAGGUGAGUUGUUAGGUGGU